GACUUUUCUCUGCAUUUCUUCAAAAAGGUAUAUUUCUGUCCAAGCCGCGAAUAGACCGUGGAAAUUGCAAACAUUUUUUUAUUAUUAUUUCUAUUUUUUUAAAUGUCUAUUUAACACACGCGCAAUGCACCCGCCCUCUCACGGCUCCGUUGAUUGAACGCUCAUCAUCCCCACCUGGAUCACUCCCAUCUCCACCUCCUUAAUUGGUGCUCAGCGUUUCGCUCCUGUGAUUGGCUGGUAGUAAAAAAGCACCUGCAGCUGAAAAGCUAUUUCAAGAUUGCGGGGAAAGAGCCCGGGACAAAUUCAGGGAUUUGUUUCACAGGUUGGCGCUGCUGCGACUUCUCCGAGAAAUCGAAAAACGAUGGAAGCGAAACUGGUUGCUCACGUGAAAAUCAGGUCUGGCACUUGCAUCAAAGUGAAAGCCAAGGUAGACAUAGAUGCCAAAAGUUUUGCCAUCAACCUGGGCCAAAAUGAAUCUGAACUGGCCCUUCACUUCAACCCUCGCUUUGACAGUCAGGGGGAUGUUAAGACCAUUAUUUGCAAUUCCAAAACGUGUGGAGAAUGGGGGAUGGAGAUAAGGCAGUCAGCAUUCCCUUUCCAACAGGGGGAAGAAUUCAAGCUCUUUGUCUGCUAUGAUGCCCAACAAAUCCUUGUGAAAAUGCAGAAGGGGGAAGAACUCCUGUUCCCAAAUAGACUGGAAAUGGAUACAGCGGAAUACUUCUCUAUUGCUGGUGAUCUGAAAAUUAAAGCUGUCAGAUUUGAUUGAGCCCAUCCUUUGUUUUGAAGCCCGAAAUAAAACUUGCAUGAAUAAAGU